GCUACCCUACGGUGUGGGUCACUCGAAUGACGCUAAUCCUGGUUCAGUUUGGAGCCGCGGUAAACCUGACGACACGAGGAUCAUUUAUCCACGGACCCUUCACCCCGCUCAAAAAGCUAUUUGUAAAGCUGCCAGCCUCCAUCAACUUCAAUGUUGAAAGUCCGCUUUUCAAUCUUAUGGCUUCAACUUACCCGAAUGAAGAAUAUCCGAGACUUCACGAAGCGCUAGAAGCCGGUCUGGCUCCAUACUCCAAGAUUACACCAGAAAUUUGCAUUCUUUUGGCCACCAAACAGAAAGUUUAUCCGGUAAUAUUUAUCACUAAUGCCGCAAAGCUUCCGGCGAGUGAUCUAGAGGCAAGAGCUUGCAGUUUGCAAGCUGUAGUCAGAUUUUCUAAAAGGUGGAAUCUGGCCAGUAUUGUUUUCGCUUCCGAAAUAUUACUUUUAUGCCUGAGACUUGUGGGUUACGUGAGACAAUCUGGUUUUCUCUGUGGCUCUUAUGGCCCGCUAAACAACAUUGCAGAAAACGUGAGGAUUAGUAACAGCACCAAUCCUACGUGA